GCCUCCUCUCAGCACUCAUUGGUAGGAAUGUUAAGUCUUUGUUCUCAGUCUGGUCUGGUGGUUUAGAAUAUUCUUCAUCUUCUAAGUGUGUAAGGAGAAAAAAACAAAAAAAAAAGAACACAACAAACACCAAAGCUGAGGACUUGGAGACAGACGCUCAACGCGCAUUGCUCGCUUGGCCAUUUCUCCGGACCCCUGCUCUCCGGCUCAGUGUGACGAUCAGCGCAGUGUGCAGUUCUCCUACAGCGAGAACACAGCACAUCCCAGCAGCACCUCUUCACAUCUUUGUCUUUCAUUCACAUCAGGAUGGAUUUACCCUCCUAGCAGAACAGAAGUCUACUUCAGCGCUUGGCAACUUUGGUCCGCGCGUAUGCGUAAAACUGGGAUUAAAUAAAUAGACUCUUCUCCCCCCCCUCACACACACUCAUACACUCACACACACACACACUCACACACACUCCAGACAACAUUUCUUUUCUUUCCUUCGCAGCAGCUUUUGCACAAGUGUCUUCAUGAUGACAGCAGCCGGGAUACACGCACCCCUUGCGCUGCUGCUUUGCUUCAUCUCCUCCGCAGCCUGUAAUAUGUUUGCGUUUACGGAGGAGCCGUCUGAGCGAGCCGGGAAGGCGGACGGGUACUGUAGUCGGAUAUUACGGGCUCAGAGCAAUCGGAAAGAGGGCAGCACCGAGUUUCGCCUCCGCGUUGAGGGAGACCCUGAGAGCUAUCAGCCGGGCAGCACAUACAGAGUGACUCUGAUUGCAUCCAGCCCCUCCUAUUUCAGAGGGUUCACACUUAUUGCCCUGAAGGAGGGCACGGAAGGAGACAAGGACGAGGACUACAUUGGAAAUUUCCAGAUAAUUGAUGAGGAGGAAACACAAUUUAUGACCAAUUGCCCUCCUGCAGUAACAGAGAGCACCCCUCGCAGACGCACCAGCAUCCAGGUGUUUUGGACGGCGCCCCCUAGUGGUUCUGGCUGUGUCUUCCUCAAGGCAAGCAUUGUACAGAAGAGGAUCAUUUAUUUCCAGGAUGAAGGCUCUCUUACCAAGAGAAUGUGUGAGAGAGAGUCGCUGUAUGGAGAAGCUACAGAUAAACCUCUGCUCGACUGCUGUGCCUGUGGAACUGCCAAAUACAGAGUCACCUUCUACGGGAACUGGUCAGAGAAGAUUCAUCCCAAAGACUAUCCCCGUCGUGCCAACCAUUGGUCAGCCAUCAUUGGUGCAUCCCACUCUAAGAACUAUGUUCUGUGGGAAUAUGGUGGCCUUGCCAGUGAAGGGGUUAAACAGGUAGCUGAGCUGGGCUCCCCGGUGAAGAUGGAGGAAGAAAUCAGACAGAAGGGUGAUGAUGUCCUAACAGUGAUCAAAAUGAAAGCACAGUGGCCAGCCUGGCAACCACUUAAUGUGCGUGCUGCACCCUCAGCUGAAUUCUCAGUGGACCGGACCCGUCACCUUAUGUCCUUUUUGACCAUGCUGGGGCCCAGUCCGGAUUGGAAUGUGGGUCUGUCUGCUGAGGACCUGUGCACAAAGGAGUGUGGAUGGGCCCAGAAGGUAGUCCAGGACCUUAUUCCUUGGGAUGCAGGCACUGACAGUGGGGUGUCAUACGAGUCUCCCAACAAGCCCUCAGCGCCCCAGGACAAGAUCCGUCCUUUAACCAGCCUUGAUCAUCCACAAAGCCCAUUUUAUGAUCCUGAGGGGGGCGCUAUCACUCCUGUGGCUAGAGUGGUGGUGGAGAGAAUAGCCAGAAAGGGUGAACAGUGCAACAUCGUUCCAGACAAUGUUGACGACAUUGUAGCAGAUAUUGCCCAGGAGGAGAAAGAGGAAGAUGAUACGCCAGAGACUUGUAUCUACUCUAACUGGUCUCCGUGGUCGGCCUGCAGUUCAGCCACAUGUGAAAAGGGCAAGAGGAUGAGACAGAGAAUGCUCAAGGCCCAACUGGAUCUGAGCGUGCCCUGCCCACAUACCCAGGAUUUUGAGCCUUGCAUGGGGCCUGGAUGCAGUGAUGAGGAUGCAUCAACCUGUAUGAUGUCAGAGUGGAUCACCUGGUCUCCAUGCAGUCUGUCCUGUGGGAUGGGUACACGAUCUCGGGAGCGUUAUGUAAAGCAGUUUCCUGAUGAUGGCUCAGUUUGCACACUCCCCACAGAGGAGACUGAAAAUUGCGUUGUCAACGAGGAAUGCUCUCCUAGUAGUUGCCUGGUUACAGAAUGGGGCGAAUGGGAUGUCUGCAGUGCCACUUGCGGUCUUGGCAUGAAAAGGAGAGAGCGCAUGGUGAAGAUGCCUCCUGCCGAUGGCUCGAUUUGUGGAACAGAGGUGCUCGAAGUGGAGAAGUGUAUGAUGCCAGAAUGUCACACUAUCCCCUGCAUGCUGACUCCGUGGUCUGACUGGAGUGACUGCAGUGUUACAUGUGGGAAGGGUCUAAGGACACGGCAGCGCAUGCUAAAGUCUCCUGUGGAACUGGGAGAGUGCACAGAGGAGUUAGAACAGGUGGAAAAGUGCAUGCUACCAGAAUGCCCCAUAGACUGUAUAAUGUCAGAAUGGAGUGAAUGGUCAGAGUGUAAUAAGUCCUGUGGGAAGGGUCAUACUAUCCGGACACGCAUGGUGAAGCUGGAGCCACAGUUUGGAGGAGACCCCUGUUCCGAAACCAUCCAGAGGAAGAAAUGUAAGAUCAGGAAGUGCAGCCGAGGACAAGCCAACAGUGACGAGAAGAAACGGCGCAAGGAGCAGCGUGAGAAGAGAAGGAGCAAGCAAGGUCGGACUGAGGUCGCCUCAGAGCAUCCAGGGUGCAAGAUGAGACCAUGGUCGAGUUGGACAGAAUGCACGAAGAUGUGCGGUGGGGGAAUCCAAGAGCGGCUCAUGACGGUGAAACAGAAGUUUAAGACCACUCAAUUGUCCAGCUGCAAGGACAGGAAGGAGAUCAGGGCUUGUAAUGUGCACCCGUGCUAGGAUGUAGAAAGAGGAAACAGGGGUGGUAUGGAAAGGACAGCGGGUGUGGGAUGACAGUGGCAACGGGAUAGGACACGGCACACUGUCACAAAAUGAUCCAAUGCACUCCGUCUAGAGCUGGAACUGCACAUACUCGAAUCACUAUGGGUUAAAUCCAGAGCCUGUUUGAUGUUUAAGGGAAUUCUAAAGGAUCUCAUCAAGACAUGGUGAAGUAAAAAAAAAAUACUCUGGAUUUACACCAGGCUGAUUCUUCUGUGCUUUCAAACAAGCUCUGAAACACAUAUGACAACUUUUGCAAGAUUACUGUAAAUUCGUUGUGGUAUAAUAUAUCUCAAAAAAUAAACUUAUGAACUAUAAAUUGAUUUAAUAAAAUACAGAACUGUUAUAUCUUGUGGUAUGCUUAAUUAGUACAGUAUAUUCCAGAUUUCAAAGCACAGGUGCCGAGCCAUUCCAGUAUUUUCUAUGCCUUCAAUUGUUCUGUUGUUUUUAGGACACAAAAUGCCCAGUUGAAUUUUUACCCAGCUAUAUUGUUGUACAUGUAGAUGCACCACAGUUGAGAUCUAUAUGAUUUUGAGCAUUAUUAGAAAUUUGGUUAUUUUUUUGCUGUGUAUUUUUUGAUAAGAAUGUGUCCCAAGAUUCUUACCAAAGUCUUGUGUAGAUGUUUUCUAGAUGUCUUCACCCCCUCCUUCUUUAUCUCUGUUCCUCUAACAUAUUAAUAUUUUGGAAUAAUAUCACCUUUACAAUAAAAGUAAAUGUGACAACUUU